CAAUGUUGUUCCCCUCGACGCAUCAGCUCCGUCGCAUCAUGACUGACACUUCCGGUCCCAUUGCGCGUCGUAUUCAUGAGAAACUGUUGGCAGCUUUCGCCCCCACUCACCUGGACGUGAUCAACGAGAGCCACAUGCACAGUGUUCCCAAAAACUCCGAGACGCACUUCAAGGUGGUGGUGGUCACGGACCAAUUCGACGGCAAGCCGCUGAUCCAGCGCCACCGCAUGGUCAACGCCGUGCUGCAACAAGAACUAGACGACGGUGUGCACGCUCUCAGUAUCCUCAGUAAGACACCCAAGCAAUGGGAGGCGAACGCGCAGGUCAAACCCUCGCCUAACUGUCGUGGUGGCAUGACUGUGGACGAGACCAAGAAGGAAUUUCUAGAGAAUCUCAAGCGACAGCACCAGAGUGAAUAGACGGUUUAAAGCAGCUUUACAGUCCAACUUAGAAUCUAGAAUCUGGAAUGCUAUCUU